CAGGUGAGAUCCAAUAUGUCCUGGGUCGCUGUAUUCUCAUAACACUACCUACUUGAAAGUGUUCUUUUGACCGGACAAGCAUCAUGGGUGACUCGGCCGAUUUCGCGUCUAUAUUCAAGACUCUUGUCAAUGACAUGAAGACCUUGGAGCGCCUUCCGAUCGGUGAUUUUUGCAACCGUCUACAUAAUAAGUCAAGGUACAACUACAACGUGAGAGGCCUGUUCAAGUAUAUUCCUGGUUCGCCUGACUAUCCCCCUGAGUCGGAUCAGGAUGACUGGCAUAGUCAGAUACUGGAUGGGCUCGACAGAGCCUAUGUCUAUUUAGGGCUGUUAGCGAACUUUUCAGUUGCCAAUGCCAUAGAUAAUCUCAGCGGUAUUCCAGACCCUCAUGGGUACAAGUAUUGGGUUUUAUCUGAUCAUGUAACGGUUCGCUAUGGAGAAGUGAUGACGAUGUUGAUGGCAUAUUGCCUUGGCGAACAUAUCAAUACCCAUCUAGCAAAGCUCGGUCAUCUUACGCUCAAAGAUCUAAUUGAUCUUGACAAAGAUGGCGGCGCAGAUGGGAAUACCACCUUUCAUGAGUACAUGCGUGAUAGAAUGGAGGACGAUGACUUCAUCGACGGCGAGAUCAUGGUGGACCAAAAUAACAAGGAUCAUCUCUUUAGCAUUUCGCUGCUCUUCAUUGUCGACUAUCUCAUUUACCAACCUGGUAACCUACCUGGUUAUGCCGACGGGUACAUAGAGAGACCGAGUAAUCAAAUCCUCCAGCACUGGUCGACCAACAUUUGGAAUAGUCAUAUACAAGACGAUGACUCCAAGACUGAUGAUCUUGUCGAAUUCUGCGGGAAGCUAAGCACAAUCAGUUUUGCGCCCUCAACUCCAUACAAUCUUGCCCAACCUACCCCGACAUUUACCGUGCUAAAGGCAUUUUAUGACAUGGUAACCGACACUUCUCGAAAGCAGAACGGUUCAUCGAGUACAGAAUACGUAAAUGCGGUACAUUCUAGCAUCGAUCGUCUGCAGGCAAAGGAAGACGUCAUCAACGAGUGGAAGACUCAUUGUGAAGAACUAGCAGAUAACUUCCGUACACUGCAGUCCGACAGAUGGCAGCAAGGUAUCGAUAAAGCAUUUUCUGUGAGCGAUUAUGAUGGUAUCCAUGAAUGGGCUCUCUCUGCCCAUGAUGACGAUGAAUCAUACGAGACGGCACCAUACUACCAAUGCUUCUACGGGAACCCCCCUGAGCCUUGGCCAAAUGGAACUAGGUUCAGUUCUUCUUUCACGAAAGACACGGAUAUCCAGCUGGAGAAUCAAGCUACACUCCCAGUGCAAGAACUGAGAAACGAAGGCCGUAUCCUGAGUUCUGGGUUUCCACCAAGAUAUGUGAGGGUUGGGGCAGCAACCCAAACCCGACGGCAUACAGCACUUGUAGGAUUCAACGGCGGCGUUCCGUUCACGACGACCUCACAGGUUUUCAUGACGCCAACGGGCCUACGUGCCGUAGAUCCCCGUGCGGCCAAUUCGAUAAACCCAUUCCAACGGAUUCAACCCCUGGAUGUGGGCCAUUGUAUCUAUCAAAUCCAAGGGGAAUCUUACCAAGUAGUGGAGAUCAAAUCGAUUGAGUGUACGAAACACGGGAUACAGACCCUAUACGGGCUUUCAGCUCAAGAGGACGGCCAGUUUCAUCACGCCAACGGGUAUCUAGUCGCCUUCAAUGAUCCAGCUCAGUCACGUAACUCAGCAGCAGCCUUACUACGUGACCUACCAGCAGAUAAGAGAAUCCCGUUCCUGGCCAACCUUCCCGGAGUUCGUCGGUUACUUCGAGAACAUGGAACUCAAACUGUGCAGGAUAAACUCAACGAAGAGCUUUCUGGACUCCGCAAAUACGCUUCCAGAUCGACUUCCAUUGACCGAAAGCUAUCUAUUCCGCCUGCUAGAGGGAUUCCUCUGGAUUUGAUCGAGAAUACGUACCACACUUAUGCACCUGAUUCAAAUUCCCUUCCCACUGGAUAUGAGCUUCCUUACCUACAGGUCGUCGAUGGAUGUCUCAUCAUCGAUAACGAAGUUCAGUUGAAAGUAGCUACUGACAGAAAUUCAAGAAACUUUCGAUGGACUCGCCAUCUGCCCCGCCUUUCACUCUGGGAGCAUGGCCUCCUAAAGGUUUACUCACACGGUGCUGGAGGUACCGGGGCUACAUAUCUAACCGCGGAGUCAAAUCCUAGAAGUCUUGCAGCGAAUGGCCGUCUCUGUCGUUUCCUUGCACGUGCUGUAGACCCAACUCAGUCAAAAACAUCACGUCGUUCUAGCUUGGGCUCUUUUAUCUCGACGAGUUCGUACAGCAUUACUUUUGACAAGGAAAUCUGGCCAGCGGACCAAGCCGACUGGGAUAAUGUGAAGAACCCGGUUGUUGGAGGGGAGAUUAUGACAGGCUUCAUUGAGACUGAUGAAGGAUAUCAAGUACCCACGGCUAAGGUUCCGAUACUCGACAACCUCCAGACACAACUCAACCAAAAAUAUGGCAAGAACAUUGAUCCACUGUACCGCGUUUUGCAUUCGAUAUCAGCCCAGGGAAAUCCCAUAUUUACGGUUCAGUUCCAUCGGGCUUCCAUAAUCCCCUUUCUGUCCAACCAAGGCUUGAACAACGGCGUGUUUGAGUUGGGAUUCCAGUCCCAACUAGGUAUAGAUCUAACUCUUCCUUGUUUAUUCCGGGAGCUCCAAAUCGAGGCCGAUCUGUUGUUCCCGGAGGAUAGCACUGCUGUGGCAUUUGAGUAUGAUCCUGCUAUGCGCGAAAUGAAAGGGAACAGGCAUUUCGUUUCAGUUUCCAAGGGAGGUUCCAGUGUAGCUCACCUCCAGAGCAUGCGAGCAAAGGUCUCCUAUGCCUUUGCGUUUUCCUCUAAGCUUGGAGACAUCAGCUCAGGGGAAAAUGGUAGUCCACCGGCCGACAUCACCAAGUACCUUGAGCAAGAACGAACCGCCGAUGUAUCGGACCUUGUGGACUUCCCUGACUAUGACGACCAAAGUGCCCACGAUGCGUCCCAGAAGCUGAUUCACAAGAUGAUGCUGUAUCAUAUGAAUGACGACGAUCGUCAAUCAUUCCUAAGUGCCAGUAAGCCCAACGAUCUACCAACCGAGCUCGCCGAUGGAUUAGACAGUGAGCUCAAAGACUUUCUCCGAAACAAAUACGCGGUCGCAUUCCUGUGCAACUCAUUUUCAGGGUCGGACAAGUAUAGCAGCUCCUUCACAGCCCAGGAACAGAAGAACCUCUGGUAUUGGUGGCAAGGCAAUGGGAAAAGCUGCUUGUCUCGCUCAAAGGAGUAUAACACAAUCAACGACCUCACAUCUGUACAAGGCAUGAAGAAUCUCCACCAGUCCUUUUUGGCUCCGUAUCUAGACAGUAACCCCGGAGACUGGGCGCAGCAGAUGCUGUCUGUGCUGCAAAACGAAGCUGUCAUGGAUCUGCAGCUAACAAAUCCGAUGCAAAGGGGAGUGAAUGUGAUGAACCAGCAGUCAUGCAUGAUGCACACCCUAGCACCGGACAAAAAAUUCGCAGACACCUGGUUCCAGAAGAUCGUGAGCUACACAAUCAAGCGCGGCGCCGAAUUCCCCACAAUCAGCGCAGACAAGAGCGAAGCGCGGGAGUACCUCACCGAGUCCAUCCGAAGCCUUACCACACAGGCUCUCGGAGGAAACAGUGCGCUCCCAACCAACAUCCAGUCAGCACUAUGCGAAGACGUGGAACAAUUCGAAACAGACAACGGCUUGGAUCAAAACCAGUCGGCGGACACUCGGGCCCAGCAGAUCAUCGACGCGACGCUUGACAUGACGGACGAGCUCACCGGCUGGCUAUUCAGCGAGGAUAAGGGGCUGGAUAAAGCGUGGGGUGGCACCGCUUUCUACCAGUGGAUAAGUGAGGCCUGGGACCAGGUUUCUGAGAAGUACCAGGCGAGCAAGGUUCUCAAGGGGCUUUUCACAACUUCUAUGGCCGCCUACAAACUCUUCCGACUUGGAUACAGCCUCGUCGGGCUUGUCCAGGAUUGGAAUAGCAUGGACGGUUCGGAUCGCGCAACGGUCAUCAUGGAGAUGUUGAUCACGACAGCCGAAGGGCUGGAGUACGCCUACGACUCGUGGAAGGUAUGGAAAGGGAGGACGGGGACGGUUAUUCUCGAUCAUCUGGAUACAGCGGAGAUGGACCAGGGGAUCUAUCGAUCGCUCGACGACAAUGCGGCUAGUAUGGCUGAAAUGUCAGACGAUGUUAACCCUGAAGGUGGUUUCCACGAGUCGAUAGGUGAACAUGUUGGAGGAGAUGGGGUGCCGACUGGUGAGGAAGGAGAAGGCGGAAGUGGGUGGAACGAAUCUGUCGAUGAGAUGCCGGAAAAGAUUCCUCCCGGGGAAGCAGAGGCUGCCGAGGAAUUCAGCAUUGGUAGCACCGGACUGAAGGUCUUCAGCGCCGCAUUGGGGAUUGGCAUAUCGAUAGCCAUGACCUUCAGCCUGGUCCACGAUUGGGAUAGUCUCAGCCUACCCGACAAGAUUAUCAACACGUUGUCCGUGGUUGUCCAGGUUCUUUCCGUAACUCUCGAAUUGGUCGAUCUCGGCGCCGAAAUUGGUUUCUGGGCCGUCAGCGCGACUCUCUCCGCGGCACUUCCGGUAGUUGGCGUCGUAUUGGUCGUGGUCGGGGUGAUCCUAACACUAGUCAGUCUCCUCAUACACUUAUUCGGUAACAGCGACCCUCCGGACGACCCAGUACAGACGUAUAUCAAAAAGACCGGGAAACCGGUGAUCGAUCAGUUCGACGAUGCGCGCGACCCACAGCUAAAAUACUCGGUCUCGCCGACCCAGCCGUCGGCAGGUAAUGUAGUGAGCAUCACCGUCUCAGCCGCGAACAAUACAAGCAGCGAGGUGACCUUAACCGGUCUGGAACUCACCAUCCUGGGUGGGAAGAUUGAUUCUUGCCUAUUCACCGACAAUGAGAAUCUUGAGCUGGUUAACGACAACGACGCGAACAAAACGGACGCUGGUCAUGUCUACGUGACGCCAAGCCAAUAUGUUAACGGCAAACUGCCCGUCCGGACGGCUUUGGAAUCUACUAAUUCCACUUACUACCAGUACAACCUACAGGUGGGCGGCCCGAAAAAGGGAAAGGAGAGCCUCCUCCAACGGCUUGUUCUGGGGGCUUACCAGAGCUUCUCUGCUGUUCUCACGGCAACAGUAAAUUCGAAAGGCUCUAGCAAGAUUGAUGUGGUUGAAAAGUUUGGCAGUGAUAGGAGCCAUGUGGCACUCAGUCUCACUAGGGUAUAACCAAUUUGAUAAGGUAUUGUUUACGAGCCUCUCGGUUAGUUAAUAUACUAGGUAGUCUUCUAGUUUCAAGGGUUUAACCUAGUGCACCAUCUCGAAUAUCGCCUCCUCGACUUCCUUGGGAUGCGAUACACUCAAAAAGUGAACACCGCCUUCAAUGAAAUUGAGCUUGGCCUCGCUUGAACCAGUAAAAAGUUUGAUAUGCUCUUGCGGGACGAUUGUGCCAUAGAUUGGGUCCUCCGUUCC